CAUGGCCCGGGGCGGCUCCAGCCAGACCUGGCGCUCCGGGGAGGCGGAAGGGCGGCCGGCGGAGCAGGCGGCCGAGGACUCGGGAGACAAGAUGGUGAAGGAGACCCAGUACUAUGACAUCCUGGGGGUGAAGCCCAGCGCCUCCCCGGAGGAGAUCAAGAAGGCCUAUCGCAAGCUGGCGCUCAAGUACCACCCGGACAAGAACCCGGAUGAGGGCGAGAAGUUUAAACUCAUAUCCCAGGCAUAUGAGGUGCUUUCCGAUCCAAAGAAAAGGGACAUUUAUGACCAGGGCGGAGAGCAGGCCAUCAAAGAAGGCGGCUCGGGCAGCCCCAGCUUCUCGUCGCCCAUGGACAUCUUUGACAUGUUCUUCGGCGGCGGCGGACGGAUGGCCAGAGAGAGGAGAGGCAAGAAUGUUGUGCACCAGCUGUCUGUAACCCUUGAAGAUUUGUAUAAUGGAGUUACAAAGAAAUUGGCCCUCCAGAAAAAUGUAAUUUGUGAGAAAUGCGAAGGCGUCGGCGGGAAGAAGGGGUCGGUGGAGAAGUGCCCGCUGUGCAAGGGCCGGGGCAUGCAGAUCCACAUCCAGCAGAUCGGGCCGGGCAUGGUGCAGCAGAUCCAGACGGUCUGCAUCGAGUGCAAGGGCCAGGGCGAGCGCAUCAACCCCAAGGACCGCUGCGAGAGCUGCAGCGGCGCCAGGGUGACCCGCGAGAAGAAGAUCAUCGAGGUCCACGUGGAGAAAGGUAUGAAGGAUGGGCAAAAGAUUCUGUUUCACGGCGAAGGCGACCAGGAGCCUGAGCUGGAGCCUGGCGAUGUCAUAAUUGUGCUUGAUCAGAAGGAUCAUAGUGUCUUUCAGAGGCGAGGCCACGACCUGAUCAUGAAAAUGAAAAUCCAGCUCUCUGAAGCUCUGUGUGGCUUCAAGAAGACGAUAAAGACGCUGGACGAUCGGACCCUGGUCAUUACGUCCAAGUCAGGUGAGGUGGUAAAGCAUGGGGACCUGAAGUGCGUGCGCAACGAGGGCAUGCCGGUCUACAAGGCGCCCCUGGAGAAGGGCAUGCUGAUCAUCCAGUUCCUUGUGGUCUUUCCCGAGAAGCACUGGCUUUCCCCAGAGAAGCUGCCCCAGCUGGAGGCCUUGCUCCCGCCCCGGCAGAAGGUCCGGAUCACGGACGACAUGGAGCAGGUGGAGCUGAAGGAGUUCAACCCCGGCGAGCAGAGCUGGCGCCAGCACCGGGAGGCCUACGACGAGGAGGACGACGGGCCCCGGGCCGGAGUGCAGUGCCAGACGGCCUGAUGGGCGCCAGCGCCGCGGCGUGGCCAGCACGUGGUGAAUGUAACGUUGGCACAAUGAAAAUGGCCUCGCUUUCACGGCCUCGUGUUUGGGGUGUCCUGUGUAUGUGUUCAGCAUCCUCCACUGCUGAGUGUCCUCUUGGUUUUUUUUUUUUUUUUUGGUUGUAACUUAAGUUAUAGCUUAAUUUAUAUUUAAAUGUUUUAAGUGUCAAUCA